AUGCCAUACAACAAUCAAGCGCAAAGUAACUAUUAUCUUCGGAGGAGCAACCACCAGAAUAGUCACCAUGCAGGGAAUAGCGCUGGCAGCAAUUCUUACGGGUCACGGUCCUUCCACAACGGCACUCACACAGAUCAAAACAUGAGCAACGAUGCAGGUGUACAGCUCUACAUGGGUGACCUGGAACCGAGUUGGGACGAAAAUGUGAUCAAGCGCAUCUGGUCUAGUAUUGGCGAGGACAAUAUUUCUGUGAAGAUGAUGUGGCAGAACAACAACUAUAUGGGGAAUGAGUCUGGCCCUCGAAACCAGGGGUACUGUUUCAUUGACUUCCCUACGCAUUUCAACGCAUCCAACGCACUAUUGAAAAACAAGAUGAGCAUUCCGGGCCACCCGCACAAGAAACUGAAGUUGAAUUGGGCUUCAUCAAGCGCCCCUAGUACUGCCGGUGUGUCGACUACAGGCGGCAACAACUUUUCGAUAUUUGUUGGUGACUUGGCACCCAACGUCACUGAGGCUCAACUGUUCGAUUUGUUUAUCAGCAGGUACCCAUCUACGGAGCACGCCAAAGUUGUCAUCGAUCUCUCUACUGGUGUGUCGAAGGGGUACGGGUUUAUUAGGUUCCGGGACCCUGCAGACCAACAAACCGCCCUCGCUGAGAUGCAAGGUGUAUUCUUGAACGGCCGUGCUUUGAAAGUCGGGAUGUCCUCGGGUCAAUCGAAUAGUGGUGCUGGCGGUAGCAGACAAGUUGGGCAUGAUCGGUACGGUGGCAGCAAACCAGCGGGUGGUAAGAGCAACACCCCAAACAGUGCAUUAUUUUCGCAAUUCAUGUAUCCUAUCCAGCAACAACCAGCACUGAACCAUUUCACAGACCCAAACAACACUACUGUGUUCAUUGGCGGGCUUUCCCCCCUCGUCAAGGAGGAGGAGUUACGCCAGUACUUCCAACCGUUCGGUGAAAUUGUCUACGUGAAGAUCCCUGUGGGUAAAGGCUGCGGGUUUGUCCAGUAUAUCGACAGAAUAUCUGCAGAGACCGCCAUAUCCCAGAUGCAAGGAUUCCCAAUAUCCAAUUCUCGUGUCCGGUUAUCCUGGGGCAGAUCAGCGAAACAACAGCAACUGCAGCAGCACGGUUCCUCCCCGUGUACAGAGCGCAGCCGCUACUACAGCAACCCACGUACAGCCAUUUCCCUGCAGUGA